GGUUUGACCAAAACCAUGGAUGGAAUGCAAGAAAGAAACUCACAGCUUGGAACUGAUAUUGGGUCCUCCUUAUCAAAGCUAAUAUUAACCAGUGGCUCAAACACCCUGGACUCAAUCUUCUCAGAUUGUCCCCCAACAAACGCCGCCAGUAGCAACUCCGUGUUGGACUAUUUAGAACCCUUUGGAUCUUCCGGGUUUGAGCCUUUGGGCUCUUCCGUCUACCUUCGCCAGAGGGAAAUCCUCCAAAAGUUCUACCAAGAAAGUCGGGGGAACGGGAACGGCAACGGCAACGGAUCUCUUCUUCCCACUUCCUUGGCAAACCCGUCUAUAAAUUCUCUUUACACUGCUUCGUUGACUUCUUCUUUGACCAACCCUUCCAAGAAAAAGCUCUACAGGGGAGUGAGACAGAGACACUGGGGCAAAUGGGUCGCCGAAAUUAGACUUCCCCAGAACAGGAUGAGAGUGUGGUUGGGCACCUACGACACCGCCGAAGCAGCCGCCUACGCCUACGACCGCGCCGCGUAUAAGCUACGUGGAGAGUACGCGCGUCUGAAUUUCCCCAAUUUGAAGGACCCGACCAAGCUGGGGUUCGGAGAUUCCGCCAGAUUGAACGCCUUGAAGAGCUCCGUCGACGCCAAAAUCCAGGCCAUAUGUCAGAAGGUGAAAAGGGAGAGAGCCAAAAAGAUCGCUGCCAAGAAGCUCAGUUCUGCCACCGCUCACGCAACCCGCAAGGAGAGCGAGAAGAUCAAUUCCUCCACUGAAUAUACAUUUGUCCAAAUUAAUUUUAAAUGCCACGUCUGA